AUGGUUGAAAAUAAUCCAUUAAUGGGGUCAAUUGCUGCCCGAUGGGAUCCAAAAAAUCUCGAAAUUCGCACAAUGUCAGUUGAAAAGACUCUUGAGCCCUUAGUUCAUCAAGUAACGACACUUGUUAAUAGUAAAUCCACCUUGAAAAAGAAGAAAGGUAAAUCAAAGCGUGCAUCAGCUCUUGUUGCUGCUGUUGAAAAGGCAACAGAGAAUUUUAUUGAACGUGGAGAACAAAUUGCAUAUGAGAAUCCGGACAUAACACAGGAAAUGCUUACAGCAGUCGAAGAAGUUCGAAAGACUGGACUUUCAAUGUCUGUUGCUGCUCGUGAGUUUGCUGAAGAUCCAUGCAGCUCUUUAAAGAGAGGAAAUAUGGUUCGUGCAGCUAGAAAUUUACUUUCAGCCGUUACUCGACUUCUUAUUCUUGCCGACAUGGUUGAUGUUCAUUUACUGCUCAAGUCAUUGCAUGUCGUUGAAGAUGAUUUGGAUAAAUUGCGUGAUGCUUCAAGCCAAGAUGAAUUAAUGAGUAAUAUGCGUCAGUUUGGUAGGAAUGCAAAUGAGCUCAUUAAGCAAGCAGCUAAGCGUCAACAAGAAUUAAAAGAUCCACAAUUACGUGAUGAUUUGGCAGCUGCUCGUGCUAUACUUAAGAAACACUCAACUAUGUUGCUUACUGCAUCAAAAGUCUAUGUUCGUCAUCCAGAAUUGGACUUGGCAAAGAUCAAUCGUGAUUAUGUCUUGAAGCAGGUCUGCGAGGCAGUCAAUACAAUCAGCGAUGUAGCACAAGGAAAAGCAUCAGUUCCACAAGAUACAUACAAUGGUGCUGGUGAAUUGGCAGCUGCUUUAGAUGACUUUGAUGAAGGAAUUAUUAUGGAUCCAUUAGUCUACAAUGAAGUACGUUCAAGACCAUCAUUAGAAGAACGUUUAGAAAGCAUUAUUAGUGCAGCUGCUCUUAUGGCUGAUGCUGAUUGUACCAGAGAUGAAAGACGUGAACGAAUUGUUGCUGAAUGUAAUGCUGUACGUCAAGCAUUACAAGAUUUGUUAACGGAAUAUAUGUCAAAUAUGGGAACUAAGGAUCGUACACCAGAAUUGGAACGUGCUAUUGGUCAAAUGUAUAAAAAGACAAAAGAUUUACGACGUCAAUUAAGAAAAGCUGUUGUUGAUCAUGUUUCGGAUUCAUUCUUGGAGACAAAUAUGCCACUAUUGGAUCUUAUCGAAGCUGCACGCUCUGGUCAAGAGAAGAAAGUCCACGAACGUGCAGAGGUUUUCACAAAGCACGCUGAAAAGUUAGUUGAAGUUGCAAAUCUCGUCUGCAGCAUGUCAAAUAAUGAAGAUGGCGUUAAAAUGGUCAGAUAUGCAGCUGGACAAAUUGAAACUUUAUGUCCACAAGUCAUCAAUGCAGCUCUCAUUCUUGCAGCAAGACCAAACUCAAAAGUCGCACAAGAAAAUAUGGAUUCAUAUCGUUUAGCAUGGGAAAAUCAAGUUCGCAUUCUUACAGAAGCUGUCGAUGAUAUUACAACAAUUGAUGAUUUCUUAGCCGUGUCUGAGAAUCACAUCCUUGAAGAUGUCAAUAAAUGUGUAUUAGCACUUCAAGAAGGCGAUGCAUUAGAUCUACGUAAUACUGCUGGUGCUAUACAAGGACGUUCUGCUCGUGUCUGUCAUGUUGUCGAAGCAGAAAUGGACAAUUAUGAGCCAUGCAUUUAUACAAAACGUGUUAUGGAAGCUGUAAAAGUUUUACGCGAUCAAGUUAUGUCAAAGUUUGCACAACGUGUUGAUGUUGCCGUAAAUGCUUUGGCAAGCAACUCACCGAAAGACGUUGAUGAAAAUGACUUUAUUGAUGCAUCACGAUUAGUUUACGAUGGCGUACGUGAAAUUAGACGUGCUGUGUUGAUGAAUCGCAGCUCGGAAGAGUUGGAUACAGACACAGAAUUUGAACCAGUUGAAGAUAUGACAAUUGAAACUCGUAGUCGCUCAUCUGCUCAUACUGGAGAUACUGGUAUCGAUGAGUAUCCUGACAUUAGUGGAAUAACGACAGCAAGGGAAGCAAUGCGUAAAAUGAAUGAAGAAGACAAGCAAAAGAUUAUGCAACAAGUCGAGCUUUUCCGUCGUGAAAAAUUGACAUUUGACUCAGAAGUCGCAAAAUGGGACGACACGGGCAACGAUAUCAUUUAUCUUGCCAAGCACAUGUGUAUGAUAAUGAUGGAAAUGACAGAUUUCACGCGCGGACGCGGACCAUUAAAGACGACUAUGGAUGUUAUUAAUGCGGCAAAGAAAAUCUCGGAAGCUGGUACGAAAUUGGAUAAAUUGACGAGAGAAAUUGCUGAGCAGUGUCCAGAAUCAUCGACAAAGAAAGAUUUAUUGGCCUAUUUACAGAGAAUUGCACUUUAUUGCCAUCAAAUUCAGAUUACAUCAAAAGUUAAGGCAGACGUACAAAACAUAUCUGGCGAAUUGAUUGUAUCUGGGUUGGAUAGUGCAACUUCAUUAAUUCAGGCUGCCAAAAAUUUAAUGAAUGCUGUCGUUUAUACUGUCAAAUAUUCAUAUGUUGCAUCUACGAAAUAUACUCGACAAGGAACUGUAUCUUCACCAAUCGUCGUAUGGAAGAUGAAGGCUCCAGAGAAGAAACCACUCGUACGACCUGAAAAACCCGAAGAAGUACGUGCAAAAGUACGACGAGCAUCACAGAAAAAGACACAAAAUCCAGUACAUGCACUGUCAGAAUUCCAGAGUCCGGCUGAUAAUAUUUAA